AUGGCUUGCCAUCUCAGAUCCUCGAGCGUGCCUGCCAGUCCCUGCUACAAUGAGACAACCAACAUUGAAGAGCAGCUGCAGAUCCUGAAGGCAACCGUCUCUUCACCUUUUGUGGCCAUUGAAACAAUCCUAGAUGGCUUCAAGAGGAUUGGAGAUGUGUACAGAAACAUUGAUGAGAUCAUGUGCUUGCCAAGCAGCCAAGUUAGCCUUUCCAAGCAACAGCAAAGGAAAGCAGUGGAGGUGGAGCUCGCACACUCUCUUGUAGUGAUCGACCUCUGCAACGCCAUGCAAGAUAGCUUUUCUGACAUUAAGACAAGUACACAAGAGAUGCAAUUGGCUCUCAAGAGAGGAGAUGACGCAGCUGUUCAUGCCAAGAUCCAGUCCUACAUCCGUGUGACGAAGAAGGCAACAAAACAAUCGAAGAAGAUAAGCAAGAAGUCUGAUCAAACUGAAGACAGCUGCGGGGUGGUCCAGUUGUUGGCUGAAGCAAGAGAGGCUGCUACCUCAAUGCUCGAGUCAUCCUUGCAGCUUCUGACAAAGCAAGGUGUGAUGCCAAGUUCUACCAAGUGGUCUUUUGUCUCCAAGACAUUCCAGAAGAAAAGAGGCGCAUUCGAGGAGGAACACUUACGAGCACUGGAGUUGGACAUUGGUGAUCUUCAGAGCGGAGUCGAGAUUUUGUUCAGGAGAUUGAUCCAGAGCAGAGUUUCUCUUCUGAAUACUCUGAGCUUUUAG